AUCCUAUAAAACUGAAACCAUUGCACUUUGAAAUCACUUCAUCUCUGCCUUUGCUCGCAGCAUUACCAGCCAAGUUCAGCUCCUCUUUGUCUUUGUUUGACUUUUACAAUGAAUUCGAUUCUCUUGGUCGCAUUUCUCCUAUCCUUGGCCAAUGCUCGAAUCGUCCUGGAAAUGGACGCCUCAACGGCUUCCCCGUCCAUGGGUGAGCUGCGAGCGCAAUUGGACGUCCACAGCUUCGAUGAGGAGGAAUUGGACGAGACUUGUGAUGUUCCAGUCCUAGAUUGCGGUCCAUCUUCGGGUUCCAAUCGGGCUGAAAAUCUCAAUGUUGCCUUGAGUCCCUAUUGCGAACACGAGCUCAAGAGCCCUGGGUUCCAAGAGAGGAUCAACUACCCAGCCGGUCAAUAUUCUUGCCUUUGGUCGUUCCAGUCCAACCAUCCUUUGGGAGUGAUUCGAUUGCGAGUGGAGCCCGCUAACUUCAAAUUGGCUGGAGAUCGAUCUGCCGAUUGCAGUAACUCGGAUUCACUCACGAUCACUGGGAUCGAAGGCGAGGCAGCCAGUGAGACCACUUUGUGCGGAGCCUUAGAUGAACCCUUAGACUUUGAGACUAAAGGCAGAUCUGUGAGUCUUCGUUUCAAUAAAAUCAGCAAGGACACAGCACCCGGAUUCAAGGUCAAAAUCAUUGCCGACAAGAACUUGUUUUAAAACCCGUCAAAGCCUUUGCAAACAAGACCAAUAUGAGGAAUUAAGGGAACUUUCAAACAAUUGGGAUGUCUGUGAACAUUCCAAACUUCAAUAUGUUGGUGACGGGUAUACUCAAUGAGUAAUGUAAAAAAUAUCUGUGCAAUAAACAUGUACAAAAGCAA